AUGUGUGGCCGAUCGCGCUGCACCCUAACGCGCGAGCAGGUGGUGCAAGUUGCAGGCGUCGCUCCAGAGGACUUUGUAGAUGGUGACAAGUACAAUCCGGUGGAGAAUAUGGGGCCGGGACGAUAUGGACCUGUACUUUUGCAACAUGGUGGAGCAAAGGUAGAGAGUGAGAGGAGCGAAAAAACACGCUUGCAAGCCAUGCGAUGGGGAAUGGUUCCAUCCUUUGCCAAAGCAAAUGCAAAACCAGACCACUUCCGGAUGUUCAAUGCCAGAUCCGAGAAUUUACGGGAGCGACCGGCAUUUAAGCGGGUGUUGGAGUCGAAGAGAUGUGUGGUGAUGUGUGAAGGAUACUACGAGUGGCAACAAGUGGGUAAAAGAGAGAAGCAGCCAUUUUACUUUUACCGAGAAGGCAGUGUGAUGAAGUUCGCUGGCCUGUAUGAUCACUGGAAAAGCGAGGCAGGUGAGCUGAUGUACUCGUACACUAUGCUUACAACUGCCAUUGCACCGGAGCUAAAGUGGUUGCACACUCGUAUGCCAGUUAUUUUAUCUGACAUAGGCGUUGACCGGUGGCUUUCUGGCGCAAAGUUUGAAGAUCUGAAAGACUUGCUAACAUCGUACCGCUCCAACGACUUGAAGUGGCACGCAGUGGAUAAGAGAGGCAUGACAACUGUAACAACACUGUGUUUGUUUCAAAGUGAAGACUGCGCCAAAAAAGUCAACAUCAAGCACGCAGGUGACAUUAGACAAUUCUUUGGAGUCAAGACAGAGAAGCAAGAUCCCUCUGCUUCUUCGCCGAUUGCACCAUCUGAACAAGCCAAAAUGGAGAAGGUAAUUUUUUGUGAUUCUACACCCGGCUCACGGCUGGAAAAGCAUAAUGUCAAUUCGGACACGUCACCAAAGAAACAAUCCAAGCAAUUCUCGACCAAGUUUAUUCCAGCCUCUUCGCUCCUCGACAAACGGUUUGAUGAGGGAAACCACGAUUUGACACCAUCAAAAUUACCAACAAAGCGCCGUCGUGUGUCAUCUCCAACAAAAAAGACGUUGAAGUAG